UUUGCUACAGGUUAUGAAAAAAUUUAUCAAUAGAGGCCGUAAUCGUACUCGUAGCGAACGUAUUGCACAUUGUGUAGCAGAGGUACUUCUAAAUACGGAUAUAUAUAUAUAUAUAUAUUAAUGUGUAGUAGUUUUGUGUCGCUGAAGUACUACUAAUAUGAGUUAGCUGUUGUUAAUACUACAGUUACACUACAAAAGUGCAAAAGUAAGGACAUCUAAGUGAUAUUUUUCGUAAUAAUUUACUGCUCUGCAAACUGUUUGUGUUAUUUCAUACUCAUAGUCACACUGAUUCAAAUCAGUGACACUUAUUGUUAUUGAAUCUAUUGGACUCUUGAGUCGUGAUUGUACCUAAAAUCUACAACUGGAGGAAUGGCGAGUGAAAAUAGUGACUCUGAGAUCAUGAGUGAGUGGACACUUUUGUCUUCAGUGAAGGAUGAAGAUGAGGAGAAUACGGAAUAUGUUACUGAAAAACCUGCAGAAACCAAUAAAGAGGAGAAUUCUGGCAAUGAUGAAAUACAAACAGCAAAUCAGCAAGGAAUGACAAUGUCAAAAGUUGGAAAACAGAAAAGUCAAAAGGAAUCUGCUACUGGUCAGCCUGAAGUUACUAUAGGAGAAGAUAAGUCAUCUCCAGUUAGUAAGGAGAGUCAUUUAUCAAGUGAGAUUGAUGUGUUGGAAGAGGAAGAUAAGAUAGAUGACAAUAGGAAAUUGUUAGCCACUAAAAAUUCAGAAUGUAGUUCUACCAGCUGUACAGUAAAAAAAGAUCAAGAAUUGUUCAAAACAAAUACAGGAAUUGAAGUAAUUCAUGAAGACCUGUCAGAUGCCUCUACUCUAUCUUAUAUACGUGAUGAAUUAUUGACUGAUGUGGACAUGAAACCAGGAGUUCGGCACUAUGUACAUAAGCCAAACACUCGUUUGAAUGUUAUCCUUAAUCUAGUGGUGGUAUUAGCAGUAACUGCAGUGGUUGGAUUUGGAGUUGGACAUUUCUUAGGUUGGUCUAAUCAGUGGUUGUAUCAGAAACAAGUGACCCGUGGGCAAGUUUUUAAACUGAAACAACUUGAAGAAGAACUAAUCAAGUGUAUGGAGCAGGAAAAUCAACAGACACAAAUAUCUCGGGAUUCUACAGUUUGCUAUAAAAACUCUGAAUACUGGAAGAAUAGAUUUGAAGAGUUAUUUGAUGAAAAUGAAAAUAUUCGAGUUCUUAUGGAACAAACUCAGGACCAUUUACGAAAACAGAAUUUAGGGAGGAUACCUCUUUCACCUGUAUCAACAAACUGCCCAUCUGAUGUCAGUGAGGACUUUCAUAAGUUGAGGCUUGAUCUCCUAGUAAAACAGAUGGAACAUUUACAAUUUCUGAAGACCUAUGAAGAAGUGAAACAUCAGGAGAAAGAAUCCCGUAAGAGGCUAAGAGUAUUAGAAGAUGAAAAUACAGAACUGAAAGCUAAGUUGGAAGUGGAGGAAGAGAAUGAUAAAGUACUAGAAGAGAAAGUUGAUAAACUGAAUGAAGAAAAUUUUGAACUAAAGGCUAAACUGGUGAAAGAAGAAGAAGAUGAUAAGAUGCUUGAACAGAAGGUUAAUGAAUUAAAUGAAGAGACUAUUGUGUUAAAAGCUAAGUUGGUAGAAGAAGAAGAGGAUGAUAAGAUGCUUGAACAGAAGGUUAAUGAAUUAAAUGAAGAGACUAUUGAGUUAAAAGCUAAGUUGGUAGAAGAAGAAGAGGAUGACAAGAUGCUUGAACAGAAGGUUAAUGAAUUAAAUGAAGAGAAUAUUGAGUUAAAGGCUAAGUUGGUAGAAGAAGAAGAGGAUGACAAGAUGCUUGAACAGAAGGUUAAUGAAUUAAAUGAAGAGAAUAUUGAGUUAAAAGCUAAGUUGGUAGAAGAAGAAGAGGAUGACAAGAUUUUAGCAGAGCUUGAGCAAAAAAUGGAGAAUUUGACAAAAGAAAACAUUUUACUUAAGACUCAACUUGCUACAGGAAAUGAUGAGAAGACUAUAUUAGCUAACCUAGAAGGAGAAGUCCGAGAGAUUCAUUUAGAGAAUCUGGAACUGAAGAAGACUUUGGAACAGCUUCAGUCUCAACUUCUUCAGUCUACAUUAAUUCAAAAUGUAGGGAAUGUAGAAAAGACAGGUAGUAACUUGAAAAUAGACACUUUAAGGAAACAAACUAAUGCUUUAGUCAUUGAGAACAGACAACUUAAAACCAGUAUUGAUAAAUUUAAGGAUAGUAUACCAUCUAGAACAGAGGAAAAUCAGCGUGAGCAGCUGAAUGAACUUCAGUUUGAGAACCAAGACUUGAAGAAUGAGAUUGGACGACUUCGUUACAUGAAACCUCCUAACAGAAAGUAUUAUAUGUCUGAUGUGCCCACUAGUGACCAAAGUAUAACUUCUGAUUUAAAGACUGAAGAAACACCACAUGAUGGCAUGGAACCUUUACUUCAGAUGCUGGAUACUGCUCACCAGGAGUCCAGGCACUGGGAGAAAUUGUACAAAGAGUUAAAAAACAAAUUAGACAACAAACCAUAUGAAAAUUGGACUGAAGCUAUUACUACAGGUGUUACUAAUGGUAGCAAGGCUGUAACUAAUAUUAUAACAUCUGUACUUGACCACAUCUCUCAACAAAAUGUAACACUUAGUGACCUUAUGCAUGUUCAACUGAAUGCAACUCAAGUAGCAUUUAGAGACAUUAAACAGAAUCUGGCAGAAAAAUGGACAGAGCUACAGAUGAUUACAGAUUCCGAGCAGUUCAAACAAUUUGCCAAUCACACAGAGAAGCUGAUCACUAGGAUGUCUCAGACCCUUCAGAGUGCUGUUCAGAAAAUUCAAGACAUAGGAGACAAGUUUGUUCAGAGCCAGAAGCCCUUGGAAUCACGGGUAAGCAAGCUAGGCCAAAAAGUCUUAAAAGUUGUAGAUAAGCUGGAGGAACAAUGGGCUGACAUGAAGAGGAAAUGGUCUAGGAAAGUUCUGAAACAACAGUCAAUAGUUAACAAAAAGUUUGAUGAAGAUGGUGGCAAUGGCUACAAGGAUAAAGAUACACUAUUCUUAAAGCAAGGUUUUGAUGAUGAGGAAAAACCAUCUGACAACACUGAUAAUGAUGACAGGUAUUUCCAGAAGAACACGAGGGAGAAACAGAUACAAAAGAAGAAGGAAAACAAACUAAAGUACAAAAAAAGGAAGAAAGACAGUAAUGAGCACCUAAGUGAAGAACUACUGUCCUUAAAGAACAAAUAUGGAGUGAAAGAACAAAAUCAUCACCAUAAAGAAGAAGGUUAUUACUUGCGAGAUUAGGUUGGUAUGGUAUGAAAAAUUAAACUUUGGAAAUGUACCAUCACCCCUAGCUGUUAAGGUGUGAAAUAUGUAUUGGCAAGUAAUAUAUGGGGAGAUAUUUAAUAUUUUAGGUGAAAUCAAGAAGUUGGUUAAAGAACAAUUGACAUGUUUUUAUACCCUUUAGCUUUUCUCUUCUAGCUUUAUGUUCUGAUGUGGUAAUGUAAAACUGGAGGUGAUGGAAUGUACUAGUUAUCUUUGUGUUCCUUUUAGUUUGUGGUAAUGUGAAACUGGAGGUGAUGGAAUGUACUAGUUAUCUUUGUGUUCUUUUUAGUUUGUGGUAAUGUAAAAUUGGAGGUGAUGGAAUGUACUAGGUAUCUUUGCGUUCCUUUUAGUAUCUUAUUUUAUAACAACAUAUAUAUAUAUAAUUAUUUAUAUUGUGAUCAUUUUAUCAAAGUGUUUUUGCUUGCCUAGAUUUGUUUUUUAAAGUUGUUCAUCAGAUGGUUAGCUCCAAUAUUUUUUCACUGGCUACUCAUACAUGAUUCUCAAGACCAAAUAAGUUUCUUUUUUUUAUAUUGUUAAUAUUAUUGACUGAAUCUUUCUUAUACUAAUAGCUGUGUUUAUUUUUGUACUCUGUUUUUGGUUUUUCAUAUAUUCUUAAAUUUCAUGUACCAUGUUCCAUUUAUUAGCUAGUUAUGUGUUUUAAGUACUUUGAAAUUAAGCAACACUUAAGGAGCUUGAUGUAUUUAUACGUUAGUAGAAGAUGGUCGUAUUACUAGGAAUAUUCACAGUAAUAAAAGUAUCGGUUUUAUUAGGUAUUGCGUGCUACAGAAUGCCAACUAUAUAAUUUGUUCUGCAAUAUAUGGUUUAUAAAAGUAUUCUUAUGCUUCAUAGUUUUGCACUAACUAAUGUGAUGCACUGUUACAUCCAUUCAUUUAUAUAAUUUGCUAUUAUAUACUGCAUAGUAUAUUGGCUUGCACACACACACAUUUCAAGGCUAGUUAUGUAUAUAUGUAUGCCUCAUACAUACUAAUAUACUGAUGGGUGUGUAAAGUUAUCCUGAAUACUCUUGAUGUAAAGUACCUAAUAACAUGAAAUAUGAUCUUAUUCUGAAUACACUUGAUGUAAAGCACCUAAUAACAUGAAAUAUGAUCUUAUUUUGAAUACACUUGAUGUAAAGCACCUAAAAACAUGAAAUAUAAUCUUAUUCUGAAUACACUUGAUGUAAAGCACCUACUAACAUGAAAUAUAAUCGUAUUCUGAAUAUACUUGAUGUAAAGCACCUCACAAUGUGAAAUACUGAUGUAAAAUUCUAUGUUAAUUUCAUUGUACUUUAUGGACUCCGAUUAGUCUUGCCCUUUUCCAUGUAGAAAUAUUAAUGUUAUACUGACUGGUAUACUACUCAGUGUAUAGAUUAGUACUAUGUAUAACUAACCUUUAUCCAUAGGUUUCUGUUGAAAACAUCCCUGAAUUUUUAAAGGUUCUUUAUUUAUUAUAAGCUCCAUUGUAGAGAGUUUUUGGAGAUGCUUGAGGAACACAUCAUAUAUGUAUGUUUAAUGUUAAAUUUUAUUCUUUUUGAACAGUGACUGUUGUGCAAAAGUAUUAAAUGGAAGAUUAAUAACCAAUGUAUAUGUCAUUAAAGUAUACUCAGACAUUGAAAGCAAAAAGUUAUUGGAUUUCCCAAAGCGAAUCUAGAUUUAAGGCAUACAUAUGUUCUUUUGUAAUAUGCAAAAAUUGAAGGUAACUAAAAUGUAUAUAUAUAUAUAUAUAUAUGUAUAAUAAAUAAGAAGCUACAAUAAUUUUGGUUUCUGCUAAAAAUGUUAUAUAUCUAUAAAUAAUUUUUUAAUUUUAGCAAAAUUCUUUAACUCUCACAUGGAAAUGUGCUGUCAUAUACUUGUGAAAAGUUUGCCAAAAGCUAUUUCUGCCCCCCCCCCUCACAAGUCUGUAUACAACUAUGAAGCCAUUUUACAAUUUCUAAGUUUUGAGUGUUCAUUGUUUGUCAGUAACACUUCAUUCAGCAGAAUAGUUAAUAAUAAAAUGAAUACAUUAAAACAUUUGUCCAAAGAUUUAUUUGCAAACAUUUUUACCUAACUCAGUCUAUAUAUAUUUGAUACAGUUAUAAAAACUUACUUUUAAGUCGUUGUUUAACAUUUCCAAUACUGAUAUACUGUUAGCUUGUUUUCAAAUUACAUUUCUUGUAUACUUGUUAAUAUCUGGUUAUUUCUAGUUGGAAGGCAUAGAAUUCUGCAUUUUCCAUAAUUUGGGUUUAGUAUCUUUCACUUGCAUAGCUUUUCCAAAGAAAUAAAAAAAAAGUCAGUGAAACUACACAAGUUAGUUUAUGAUUCUGAUUUGAAUUUUUUUUCUCCGAUUUUCAAUCAAAGGUCAGCUUUUAAAGACCAUUUAUCAUCCCAGCUGUAGGUUGCACUUAUGCAAUGUUUAAUGUACAUUAAAAGUUUUCUGAUCAUGUGUUUUACAAAAAAACAUCUAAAUUAUGUUUCAAAGCUACCCUGCUUGUUCAGGUAAGCUUUUUAAAAUGAUUGAUCAAAGAAAUUCUGUAAAAUACUUUUUCUGGUAUACUGAACAUCUGUCAUUUUAGUUAAUGACUACUUACAAUAUUACUCUUCAAUUCUGUCAAUCAAGUUGUCUAAAGUUAGGCAUUUUUGUUCUUUGAAAAUACAAGCCAAGCAGCUUUUGUAAGUAUACUUUCCUUAUACUUACUUAAUCUUGCAACAUGUAAUGGUAUCAGAACCUAUGUACAUGUGGAACUGACAUCUGGAUGCCAUUCAAAUGAUGUUCCUAGAAAUCUAAUUUAUUGUCUUAGAUUAUAUCAGGUUAAAUACUAAACAGCAGCUUCUCAACUAUAAUUUGUCCGUAGACUAUAUCAAGAUUUCCCAAACUUUCUUAGCAAAAGGCCUCCCAGAGGUCUGGCCCCAGUUUGGGAACCCUUGGACUACUUGAUCUCUGGCAAAUGAGUAGGUUUCAUGUUUUUGACAAUGCAUAGUUAUUUUUAUUAAGGCUGGUAGUGUUAAAAAUGCAAUUUAAGAAAAAGUGGAUACAUCUCUAUUGUAAUAAUAAAUACUCUUUGAAAUUCACAAAUAUUAUCCACUCAAGGAAAUCUUUCUGAAAUAAUCUCUAGUUUUGUUGCUUACAGUGCAAUUUUUGGGAUUAAAAAAUAUGCUAGAAGAUGAAAUAUUUUCUUACAACAGCUAGAUAUCCCCACUGUAUAUUUUGGUAUGAAGUAUGCUAAAUAACAGUUAAAACUAAGUGAGUAUUGUUUUUAACGAUGCUAAUUUUUACUUUAUAAAUUUUUAGACUUCAUAAAGUAACCCUGUAAUACUGAGGUCAGUGAUGUAAUGGUAGAAGUAGACAUUAUAAACCAUUUAUAAUAUCGAAAUAAUUUAUCAGUUUUGCCUGCCAUAAACAGAAAGAUAUUGGAAUUAGAAGGUAACACUAAAGUUGCAAUUGAAUGGUAGCAUAUUUGUAUGUAUUAUUAGGUUUGAAACAAUUUAGGAGACAAUAAUGUCAAGUGUAGACAAAUACUGUUUAUGGACAUGUUACUCAGGAACAAAAAGUAGUUUGAAUAUUUUGAUUUGAUAAAAAUACAAAUGGAAGAUUUUACAAAGUAUGAAUUAUUAAAGGAUUUAUGUUAACCAGAAUUAUUAGUUUGUAAACAAGUGAUAAUUAAGUGUAGCAAGAAAAAAAUAAAAGUUUAAUAUUUUCAUUUGAAAACAAAAGAGAAACAAUUUCAAGAAGAUUUUAAUGUUACUGUGUUCUGUUUCUGUGAUAAAGUUUUGGUAAUUUGAAGCACAAUUGUGAAUUGCUGUCAAAUUGUACAAGUAGUUUAACUAUGAAUUGACCAAAUAAAGUUUGUAUAGUCCUUGAACCUGUUAUAAUUUA